UAAGUGCCAGGCUAAGUGUUAAUUGGAGAACAAAGAGACAAUUUCGUCCAAAUUGUGACUUAAAAUAUGUAGAAGAGGUAUGUAGUGAGAGAAUUUUUUUUUUUUAGUUUGCUAUUUUUCCAUUCCCUCAAUUAGGGACAUUUAAUGUAAUUUCUCUAUCCCAAAUUUUUUUCUUUUUUUAACUAUUUCCAUUUUUUCUUUUCAUCGUUUAAGAAAACACUUUCAACAACUCAUUAGCUUUGUCUCCACAACGACCCAAUCAUCAUCCUUCAAACAUAACACUCUUUUUGUCUCCCUUCCAAAUCAAUUAUUGUAAAGAUUCCAUUUUUUCAAUUUUCAAGUAGCUAUGCUUAAAGCCAUACAGAUUCUUGGUUCUUCUUCAUCCGGGUUCGUUUCACAAAUUUGGAGAAAAGGACAUAGCCCAUUGGCGUUUUCUUCUUCAGCUGGUGCAAGAACAAGGAUUUCUACGACACCGUUUUCGCCUCGAGGAACUCGUUGUUUUAGAGCCAAUCGAGUUUAUGCAACUGGGUCUAAGUCUGAGUCCAACCUGGAUGCUGUUUCUUCUUCUCAAGUUGCUGUUCAGUCUGCUGGCAAUGUUCGUAAGAUAAAAUUCUGUCAGUGGUGUGGAGGCCCAACUAAAUAUGAUAUACCGGAUGGGGAGGAAAAGAUGAGAGCCAUUUGUACAGUAUGCGGGAAAAUUGCCUACCAAAAUCCAAAAAUGGUUGUAGGCUGCCUCAUUGAACAUGAUAAGAAGGUUCUACUUUGCAAGCGAAAUAUUGAACCGUCUUUUGGUCUUUGGACUCUUCCUGCUGGUUACAUGGAAAUUGGGGAGUCAGCUGCCGAGGGGGCAACUAGGGAAACCUGGGAAGAGGCAGGUGCAGAGGUUGAAGUUCUGUCACCUUUUGCUCAACUGGACAUUCCUCUUAUUGGCCAAACUUACAUAAUUUUCUUAGCAAAGCUGAAGAUGCCUCACUUUGCACCUGGUCCAGAAUCAUCAGAGUGCCAGCUUUUUUCACUUGAUGAUAUACCGUUUGAUUCUCUGGCAUUUUCAUCAAUUUUUGUUACCUUAAAUUUGUACAUUGAUGAUAUUAGAACUGGAAAACUAAGUUUUCACUAUGGUACCAUCAAUAAAAGGCCGGGUUCAAGCGCUUCCGAUAUGUGUGCCUUUUCUCUUGAUCAUCAUUUACUAUCCUGACAUGUGAUUAACUUGCCAUGUCAUGUGAGAUGAAUCGUUGUAUAAUUCUGUUUGUGUUCAAAACCUGAAAAUCGAAGGAGCAGAAAGCCUAUCGGUCAAGUUCUGAGUAUGUUUCUCCCUAAGCCCUCAAAACCAGUCUCUCUGUUGAAGCAUGUUCAUGUUACUUUGAUCAAUAACCUGGAUACCAUAGAUGAAAGAAAGUCCUGCUAGAAUGAAGUGUACAUCGCCAAGACUUGGCGAUUUCUCUGUU